CCUGAGCAACGGGAGCCAAUGAGAGCCGGAGCGUCCGUGUCCAUGUUGGCGUGCAGAAGGGCGUGUUGGGGCUAUUUAAACCGCUGGCUUUGCCCAGAUUACACAGACGCAUCUUCACCUGCAGAGGACUUUCACACUAAACGCCGACGCACCAGCAAAAUUCCAAAAUGGGUGACAAACCGGACCUGAAGGAGGUGGAAAAUUAUGACAGGAAAAAGCUCAAGAAAACCAUAACGCAAGAGAAGAACACACAACCAACCCAAGAGAUAAUUGAGCAAGAGAAGAAAGCCAUGCAAGAGGAAGGUCAAUGAAAACGCACCUGCCGUGAUUCCUCUCCCUCAGUCCUGCCCUGUCACCUGCUCUCCCUCCCAUUAAAAAUCCAGUCCACCACCUCCGCCUCUGCCUCUGUUUUCUGCACUGCCGUGUUUGAUAGGAAAUGCUGAUGCUAUGGAGAAAGAUCUGUCCGCAAUCCCCAGAUAAUUCACGCAACGGAUGUAACAUAACAAUUUCACCGGGUGUAGGUCUUUGAAAACCAUAAAUAAUUGCAUUCAUCGGAAUCCAUGCUGCAUUGUCAAUACCACCAUAAGUAUGCCUGUAAAUGGUGCCAUUCAAGACAUGUCGGAAAAAUAACACAUGAGAUGAUAUUUUUGCUUUAAUAAAGAUGGAUGUGUCAAAAACGA